AUGAAUAGCAUCAUAGCUGUCGACAUAUUGAUCGAUAAUGAUGGAAAGUUGGUGAUGUACGGUGCCCCCAACAAGGACUCCGUUCAUAUAGUUUCUGGAAAACUGCGCAUAGUCCUCUCCAAGCCGUUAAAAACAAAAUACGUUUCUAUAAAACUAAAAGGUAAAUCGGAAUACUCUGACUGGGAGAAUCAAUAUUCCUGCAUUAACAUCUUGAAACUCGACCAAAUUUUGGUGGAAAGAGAUACCUUGCCGCGCGGUGUUACCGAUCUAGACUAUGAAUUCGCGGUCCCGGGGAAUAUCCCACAAACUUAUGUUACAAGUUUUGGGUUGAUUAGGUAUAAAUUGGUGGCGAUGGUACAACCAGCUUCAUUGUUGGCGAAGUAUAGUAGGGUCGAACGAGGAAUACAUUUUGCCAGACAUUACCUGCCGUGCAGGCGGGAAUUGUUGCCAGCACCGCCAACCAAAGUCUACAGAGGUAGGCGGAAGAACAUAUUGAAAUAUGAGUUGGAUGUUCCGACGGUGGUAUGCGUAAAUGAAAAGAGUUUUCUGGUUAGAAUCAGAUUACUUCCGUUGAAUGAACAGGGAAGAGUGAAAAGUAUUACCUUCGAUUUGGUCCAAUCGGAAAAGUAUAGGGUCCAACCAACUCCACAAGAUCUAGUAGAUUUUGCGAUUGAUAGUACCCAGCCGGUGGGUAGCGUACAACUGAGCGGCUCAUCGUCCACAAAACGAAAACGCACUCAUCCUAUAAAACCCACCACCCUAAACAUCAUCUACGAUAACGACACCUGGAACAAUCCAUUAACCUACAACCUCCCGUUCGCCCAAUAUGCCAAUCAUGGUCAAAGUCAGUCGCACAGGAGUCGCCUCAAGUCCACCAUAAAGUCCCCGUUAAUGAAAGUCCGUCACAAGUUAAAGUUGACGAUGACCUUUGAGAACGAGUUCGAGAAAAAACUUGAAAUUGGCUUCCCAAUAAUAGUCACCACCAUACCCGAAGUCGAUGAUCAAUCGUCGCGCGAAAACGGUCCGGAUUCUGCUGGUUUGCCAUCGUACGAUGAUGUGAUGGUGGAUGACUCACCGACAGUUGGUUACUACGACAGUGAAAUACAUUCGAGACCUGCAACGCCAGAUGACCACUCACCAUCCAUUCAUUCGGAUCCAUCUUCCCGAAAUCAAUCGAGAGCCGGUACACGUCCUACCACGCCGAUCAAUAUUUACGAAGACGGUGGUAGCGCAAGUGCGGAUAACACUCCUGGGAAUUCAUUCACAUCUUCAAAGAACAAUCACAGACCCUUUCAUACUGAUUACUUCUCGUAUAACCCAUCGACCGCUAUUAACAAUGAUAGUGACAGCGACAGUCAUGCGAUUACCAUCAAUGGAAACGCUACCAUAAGAAACUUAUCCUCCCCGGAUCUUCAUCAGCCAUUGAGGAAAAAGAAGAGUCAGCGUACACUGGCACAGUCACUUGGACGCUUUCUAUUGCGCAACGAAUCACUGCCAUCGUUGUCGUUGAAUUCUCAGAGUGUAUCGGCGUCGACCACGCCUACGGCGCUCGCGCCUUCUCAAUCCCCUCCAACACAGACUAAUCCUUCCCCACCAAGCCUCGAGAUUACAUCUCCGAAAUUUCAAUCCAACACAGAUGACCAUAUGCAAACUUCCUCGUCGUCAUCUACCUCAACGUUAAGACCAUUGAGGAGUAUGACAUCGUUGACGACCAAUAACGAUGGUACGUUGAUGUCACGUGAUCGAAAAAUAAGCAAUUUGUACGCAACACGUGCGGGCCGAGCAAGUUGGUACCUCAAUAUGCCAGACGAAGAUGAUUUGUUACGUCAGACACCCGAGAUCCGUAGUGCCCCGAGUAGCCCUCGCUUAGCCGGUAUUGAGAUGAAUUUUAAUCUAGUUGAUAUUAACGAUGAUAAUUCAACUAGAGAAAAUAAUCUAAUGGUUCCCGAGUUUUCUAGUCAUGUGAUAAUUAAAUCAUAA